AUGGGUAAAGACUUUUGUGCGGGUGAGUCUUCGGGACCCGCGAAGAGUCCGUCGUUGAUUGCCGUUUCACCGCUGCACGAUGCUCUUGUCGUUGUAGACAUGCAAAAUGACUUUGUAAGUCCAUGCGGGGCACUGUCGGUCCCUGGGGCGAUGGAGGUGAUCCCUGUAAUCAACCACGUCUGCCAGGCGCACAAAUUCCGCACCAUUGCUGUGGCAAAGGAUUGGCACCCACCGGAUCACUCCUCGUUCUGCAAACCUGCAGGACCCGGUGGACAGUGGCCGCCCCACUGUGUCCAGGAGACAGACGGUGCCAAGCUGCAUUCUUCACUGCGGCUUGGCCGCAUGGACUGUGUGAUACACAAGGGAGCAGACAGGGACGCGGAGUGCUAUUCCUGCUUUAGCGACGUAAACGGCAAGAAAACCGGCCUCGCCACGUUUCUGCGGGAAAUGGAUGUACGCCGUGUCUUCAUCUGUGGUGUGGCCUUCGACUUCUGCGUCUAUUACACAGCACUGGACGCCGUGAAGGAGAUGUUUGAUGUCGUUGUGCUCGAAGACGCCACUCGGGCCGUGUUUCCAGACAACAUCUCAAAGCAGAGGGGCGAUUUGCUGCGCAACGGAGUGAAACUGGCCGACAGCAAGGACCUCACCACGUCGCCUUCCGCAUCCCUAUGA